GGUCACAUGCUGCUGUCCCAGCCCUAUCAGGGGCGUCUCCAUCCUGCUGCUGCUGCCGUUGGCUUAGAGGACACAUCAUCUCCCCUUGAGGUCCUGCAUCCCUCCUCAGCUUCGUUCUCCUCUCCUUUCUACCAGCACUUUCUCAAUCUCUCGUUCACCCCUGCCCUAGCAAGAUUCACCAUGUCGAUUGAGAAGAUCCAUGCCCGAGAGAUCCUGGAUUCUCGUGGGAAUCCCACUGUUGAGGUGGACCUGUACACACACAAAGGCCUGUUUCGAGCAGCUGUCCCCAGCGGUGCAUCCACUGGGAUCUACGAAGCACUGGAGCUACGAGAUAAUGACAAGUCACGGUUCCUUGGAAAAGGGGUCCUGCAGGCCGUGGAUCAUAUCAACAGCACUGUCGCCCCAGCUCUCGUGGGCUCUGGCCUCUCUGUGGUAGAUCAAGAGAAGAUAGACAAUCUGAUGCUCGAGAUGGACGGCACAGAGAACAAAUCCAAGUUUGGUGCCAAUGCUAUCCUGGGAGUUUCACUGGCUGUGUGCAAGGCAGGAGCUGCAGAGAAGGACGUUCCCCUCUAUCGGCACAUUGCUGACCUGGCCGGCAACUCUGAUCUCAUCCUUCCUGUGCCAGCUUUCAAUGUGAUCAACGGAGGUUCCCAUGCAGGGAACAAACUGGCCAUGCAGGAGUUCAUGAUCCUGCCUGUGGGAGCUGAAAGCUUCCGCGAUGCCAUGCGAAUUGGGGCUGAAGUCUAUCAUAACCUAAAGAGUGUCAUCAAGGAGAAGUAUGGCAAAGAUGCCACCAAUGUGGGUGAUGAGGGAGGCUUUGCCCCCAACAUCCUGGAAAAUAGUGAAGCUCUGGAACUCCUCAAGGAAGCUAUUGACAAGGCUGGCUACACAGACAAGAUCGUCAUCGGCAUGGAUGUGGCAGCCUCUGAGUUCUACCGUGAUGGCAAAUAUGACUUGGACUUCAAGUCCCCAGAUGACCCAAGCCGCUACAUUUCUGCAGAUGAGCUGGGUGACCUCUACCAAAGCUUUGUACGUGAUUAUCCAGUGGUCUCCAUUGAGGAUCCCUUUGACCAAGAUGACUGGGAGGCUUGGUCCAAGUUCACAGCCAAUGUGGGGAUUCAGAUAGUGGGAGAUGACUUGACAGUGACAAAUCCCAAGCGCAUUGAGCGAGCUGUGGAAGAGAAGGCCUGCAACUGCCUCCUGCUCAAAGUCAACCAGAUUGGAUCUGUCACAGAGGCUAUUCAAGCAUGUAAGUUGGCCCAGGAGAAUGGUUGGGGUGUGAUGGUGAGCCACCGAUCAGGGGAGACUGAAGACACCUUCAUUGCUGAUCUGGUUGUGGGACUGUGCACUGGGCAGAUAAAGACGGGCGCUCCCUGCAGGUCUGAACGCCUGGCGAAAUACAACCAGCUCAUGAGGAUUGAGGAAGAGCUUGGUGAUGAAGCACGCUUUGCUGGACAUAACUUUCGCAAUCCAAGUGUUCUUUGAACAUUGUUCCGAGGGCACUGCCACUCUGCUGCUCUUUCCCAGGUCACAGUCUCUGAAGCCCUCUUCUCUCCACUGCUCCCCUUUUUGCUCUCUCUUUCUCUCUCCUCUGCCGCCUGCCACUCUCACCUCAAAUCCCCAUGAGUUCAGGUCUGUCUGGCUAGGUGUAUCCAGGUGAAGGAUGAAAGUGAGGCCUACCCUCUCUCCCUUGCUUUGGGAUCAUGAGCAUUUCUGAAUCUAGGCAUUUUGUGUCUUCUGUUUUUGUGCAGGGACCAUGUCUGAGUCACUUUGUUCACAUAUUAGACUAUGGGGGCCUGCCGCCUGGUGUGUUUACGUUGUACGCCGAAACAUGUGCGGUGAACAUAAGCGUGUCGGCUGGUGUGUUUGGACAAGUGUUGCAUCCGUAGCUGUGUUUGGACGAGUGUUGCCAGCGGCUCUCGUGCAUGUGUAUAGGCGUGUGUGUACUGGCCUACAGUGUCAUUUUGCCCCAGGCACGUUUGCGCUGAGCCAUCGUGGGACCCAAGCGUCUCUUCAUUCCACUCUGCGUGUUGUGUUGUAUUGAGCUGUGCUUGUCAGCAGCUUAGUAUUGAACUGCACUGCUUUCUGUCACUCGGUGUAUGUGUGCUGUCAGUCUCUGGGUUAAGCGGCUCUGUGGGGUAUCGUGGGUCAGUGCAUAGUAGCGUGGGGAGUAUAUUAAGACACAGUCGUAAACAAACACAUGCUCUCAUUUGCUUCUCUUGACCUUUUUCUCUCUGUUUCCUUCUCUCUUGCUCUCCUUCACCCUGUCCUCCACCCAUAACGUCUGCGUCACCUUCUGGACAACCCAUGCUCAGCUGAGCAACAGACAAACUACAGAACCCUAAACUCAAUUAAAAUGUAUUUCACACCUGA